CGCUCUUCACGUAAUCAUGUUUAUUAUACUAUUUUCGAUUUUUGCGGCUGCUUCAGCUUUUGUAAUGCUCGAUUUACUAUCCGUGGUCGUGAGUGGAGGAAUUCUGCUUGUAUUGAUGAUCGUUUGGCUGUGGCAACGCCAUCAUUUCGGGCACUGGCGACGGUUGGGCGUACCCUUUGUUCCGGCUACUCCAUUUGUGGGAAAUGUGUGGAAUCUUUUGCGAGGCGCCUGCUGUUUUGGCGAUCAGUUUCGCGAGUUGUACGAGAGCAAGGAAGCCGCCGGCAACGCCUUUGUCGGAAUUCACGUGCUGCACAACCAUGCUCUACUACUUCGAGAUCCGGCACUGAUUAAGCGUAUUAUGGUCGAGGACUUCUCCCAAUUCUCGAGCCGCUUUGAGACCACAGACCCCAUAUGCGAUACAAUGGGGUCCCAGAACCUAUUUUUUUCGAAAUAUGAAAUGUGGAGGGAGACGCAUAAAAUCUUUGCACCCUUCUUUGCUGCAGGAAAAGUGCGUCAAAUGUACGGUCUUCUUGAAAACAUUGGUCAAAAGCUCGAGGAACAUAUGGAGGAGAAGCUAAAGGGAAGAGAUUGUAUGGAGCUGGAGGUCAAACAGCUAUGUGCUCUAUUCACUACAGACAUUAUUGCAUCUUUGGCUUUCGGCAUAGAGGCACAUAGUCUGCAAAAUCCAGAGGCCGAGUUUCGUCAAAUGUGCCUUGAGGUCAAUGACCCUAGGCCAAAACGACUCUUACAUCUCUUUACAAUGUUCUUUUUUCCGCGAUUAUCGCGCCGGGUUCGGACUCAUCUUUAUUCAGAGGAAUAUGAACGUUUUAUGCGCAAGUCCAUGGACUAUAUUCUUGCUCAACGCGAGGAAAGUGGAGAGAAGCGUCACGAUUUGAUUGACAUUUUUUUGCAGUUAAAGCGUACCGAAUCUGCGAAAAGUAUAAUCCACCGGCCGGAUUUUUUUGUGGCCCAGGCUGCCUUUCUGCUUUUGGCCGGCUUUGAUACGUCGUCAUCCACCAUAACUUUUGCUCUCUACGAGUUGGCCAAGAAUCCUGCGAUUCAGACGCGAUUGCGGACGGAGAUUCGCGAUGCCCUGCAUUCCAGCGACGGUCAAAACCUGAGCUGCGAUAUUGUCAGUGGAUUGGAAUACCUACGGCAGGUGGUAGACGAAGUUUUGAGACUAUACCCGCCUACAGCAUUCUUAGACCGUUGCUGCAAUUCCCGAGAAGGCUAUGAUCUCUCAUCGUGGAACUGUGGAUCACCAUUUAAAUUGCCAGCAGGCACGCCUGUCUACAUAUCCGUACUGGGACUCCAUCGAAAUGCACAGUACUGGCCAAACCCCGAGAACUUUGAUCCAGAUCGAUUUUCUGCCGAGCAACGCCAACAGCAUCACCCCAUGACGUAUUUGCCUUUUGGCGCAGGUCCAAGAGGGUGCAUUGGGACGCUAUUGGGUCUGUUGGAGAUAAAAGUUGGACUGCUGCACAUUCUGAAAAACUUCCGGGUGGAGCUCUGCGAGAAGACUCUGUCAAAAAUGAGAUUCGACCCCAAAGCCUUUGUUCUUGCUGCCAAUAAAGGCACCUACCUUAAUUUUGUUAGUAAUCCUCUUUGAAUUAAGUACUAUUCAUUUCUUAACUGUAGUAACGUUGUUUAUUGGUAAUUGAAUUUUUCACACAUUUUUUUCUGUUUUGUAUUUUAAACUUUGUUAUCUUCAGCACAAAAAUUUUCACAAAAAAGUUGUCUGUUGAGUUGGUCAAAUGUUGUUGGUAUCAAAUCUAAAGGGAUUUAAAGAUGUUAUGCAUUUUUAGCCAGCUAUGAACGGUCAACUGCUCAGUAAUAAAAAAUACGCAUUUUUUGCUUAAAUAUCCAACAACUUUUGACCAACUUAAAAUACACGACAAUUAUCAACCAUGGAUCUUGUUUUUAUUUUUGUUGUUUGCAUGUACAAUUUAUAAAACUAAUAUGGAGCUUUUCGAGUUCUCCUCUUUUUACAAAUUAUCGAAAAAUAACUAAAGCAAUUUUACACAGACAUUAUUAACAUAAACUAGAGCUAAAAAUUAAUUUCACGUUUUGAUUUGAAGUGUUGGUUAUUCAAAAUGAUAAACUGAAAAAUAUUUUUUUACAUGAAAACGCUGAAACAAUUAUAGUUUGUAUUUUCAAAAUUUGCGUUUUCCGUUUUCGGAAAUUUAAAAUAAUACCUACGAGCUAAGAAUACCAGUUAGCAAUGUACAACGAUGAAUGACGUUAAUAAAGUAAAGUUCUUUGUGAAUAGCAAUAAAA